UUGGUGUAGUUGCACAGGAAGUAACAUUGCGCACCAAUCAUCUAGCGUGCUUUCCUUAUCUCUACCACCUCCAGCCAAGCCUGGCAAUCAUCCCAUCCCACAACAUUUACCCCCAGGGUUUGCGAGUAGAUCUAUUUCCGCGGCAGAUAAGCGUGCGUACGGGAUAUGCUUGACUGCGUCAUUGGACAAGCCACAUGGGAGCUUUCGAUAUGUACCUUAGUUAUCCGCAUCAUGCUGUCUUCUAUUUACUCUCGUUGAUACUUCGUUCAAAUCUAUAGCCAUGGCUUCUGAUGAAGAAAACGGACACGAACGUACCCCUCUCCUCCGCCAAACCCGACUAUCCCAUCUCCAACAUGAACAAGACGAAGAAGCAUCCUCAAUCAUCGCAUCCACCGUGACGAAAGAAGAACAGCAAUUAGCAGAAAGUCCAGUCGGAGAACGAUUACCGUAUAACGAUUACACGACAAUCGACUGGCUACACGAUUUGGUCAAGGACUCAUACCGCUACCGCACCCUCCAUUCCCACCCCGGUCUGCGCUUCAAACUGCUCACCCUCCUCGACGCUUCCUCGGGCUGGCUCGCUGUCGUCGUAAUCGGCGCACUGACGGCAUGUAUCGCUUUCCUUGUCGAUGUCGCAGUGGUGACUGUUUCGGACUGGAAAAUCGGGUAUUGCUCUGGCCGUUUCUUGCGGAAUAGGGAUAAUUGCUGUGUCGCCGCUGAGAAGAGUUCGUUGAUAAGAUUGUUGACAAAAGAAGGGGUGGAAGAAUGUGCAGAUUGGAAAGUCUGGAGCAAUGAUUACAAGAGCAGUUUUGCAAUUUACGUGGCCAUGGCAGUGGCCUUUGGAGUCAUAAGUUCGAGCUUAACCAUGUUGACUCGGUCUACCCUCCCAUCCACCUCAUCCUCCCAAUCCACAAAGAACGCAAGCAACGGCCACACCACCUCGUCCUCUUCUACCUCUCCCGCCUCCGACGCACCCACCCCAACUCCAGCGGGCAAAGUAAUGUAUCUAGCCUCCGGAUCCGGCAUCCCGGAGAUAAAAACUAUCCUCUCCGGCUUCUCGAUCCCCUCCUUCCUCUCCCUGCCCGUCUUGAUCGUAAAAUCUCUCGGCGCAAUUUUCGCCGUAUCCUCAUCCCUUUGUCUCGGAAAAGAAGGUCCCUUCGUCCACGUAUCCACCUGCGUCGGCCACCUAGUCGGGCGUCUAAUCCCCAAAUACGCGUCCAAUGGCCGUAAGAUGCGGGAGCUGCUCAGCGCGGCAUGUUCGGCUGGUUUGUCAGUGGCAUUUGGCGCGCCGAUUGGAGGCGUGUUAUUUAGUUACGAGGAGAUCAGUACGUAUUUCCCGAGAAAAGUGCUGUGGAGGGCUUUUCUGUGUAGUCUCACUGCGGCGAUGGUGUUGAAGGAACUCAAUCCGACGGGGACGGGGAAAUUGGUGCUUUUUGAAUCAAGGUUCGGGGAUGAGUAUCAGGUUAUUCAUUACUUUGUUUUCGUGCUGCUGGGUGUAGCGGGCGGUAUCUUCGGAGGUCUAUUUUGCAAGUUCAAUUUCCUUUGGUCGAAGUGGUUUAGGGCUUUUGGCGUUAUCAAGAAAUAUCCUGUGCUGGAGGUUGCGCUUGUGGUACUUGCCACGGCGUUGAUUCAGUAUCCUAAUCCGUUGACGCGCGAGCCGGGGGAUGUCAUUAUCAAGAAUUUGCUGGUAGAUUGUGGGGAUGAUGGAUCUCGCUGGUCUUGGGUUUGUCGGAAUGAGAGGGCUGCUAUGGAAGAGGGAACGACGAAUUGGGAGUAUGUUGGUUGGUUGACGUAUGGGACGUUGGCUAAACUCGUUCUUACUACUAUCACGUUUGGUAUCAAGGUCCCGUCUGGCGUCAUCAUUCCUGCCCUGGAUGCGGGUGCUUUCUUUGGGAGGCUGGUUGGUCAGGCUAUCGGUUCGAUCAGUCCGGGUAUCUUCGCCAUGGUGGGCGCUGCUGCAUUUCUGGCAGGUGUGUCUCGGAUGACCAUCUCCCUUGCUGUUAUAAUGUUCGAACUCACAGGCCAGCUCUCUUACACCGUCCCGUCCAUGCUCGCCAUCCUAACCGCAAAAUGGGUAGCCGACGCGAUCUCCUCGGAAGGCGUCUACGACCUCGCUCAAUCCCUCCUUUCCCAUCCUUUCCUCGACCCAGAUACCGCUCUAUCCAUCGUCCGCCGCCACAAAGCCUGCGUUGCGGUCCUCAUCCCGCCUCAGCGCACCAUGGCUGACAUCACCGUCCACGUACCCACAAGCAAUAAAGUAACAUUGAGUUUGCUGAAAGAAAAGCUCGAUGCGUUGAGAGAACGGGGUCUCAUGGACGCGGGCCUUGUUCUAGUACAGAAGAAUCAUGGUGGCAUCGAAGUGCUGCAGGGCUAUAUAUCGCAGUCGGAGCUUGAAUUUGGAUUGACGAAACUCGUUCCUGGUGUGCUUGCGUCGACGCAGGAAGAAGAUGUUCAGGUUAGGUUGUUGGGUCAGGAGAUUGAUGAGCCGACGAGUCCGAUGAGCUUGGAGAUGGAUUUGACGCCAUUUGUGGAUCGGACGCCAUUGAGCAUCUGUGCGAAAGCACCUCUGGAAUAUGCUGUCGAGAUGUUCUCCAAGUUGGGUUUGAGAUAUCUUAUGGUGACAAAGGAGGGUACAGGACAACUGGUGGGUGUGAUAAUCAAGAAACGGCUCGUAGGCUACCUUGAACACCUGAGGGAACAUGGCGAAGGAGAUUAGUAUGACGUGAUCAGUAUGCGCAGAAUACAACGUUUAGUGGACAAUAUUUGAUUAUAGCAUCUUUUCGCUAACAAGAAGCUGAGACGCCUGCCAUGUCUGUCUAGUCACUUUCGC